GUGACGCCAGAUGGAAGCGACGCAACCGGAAGGAGCCCUGGGGGCCGCGCCAUGGCGCGGGAGGCUGCGGAGAAGCCGCCGGAGGAGAUCUUGUCGCUCUGGAAACGGGAGCAAGCUCAGCUGAAGGCCCUCCUCGUGGAGCAGGACACGGAGGCGUGGCAGCGGGACCCCGCGUUCUCAGGCCUGCAGAGGGUCGGGGGCGUGGACCUGUCCUUUGUGAAGGGCGACAGUGCCAGCGCCUGUGCCUCCCUGGUGGUGCUCAGCUACCCUGAGCUCGAGGUGGUGUAUGAGGACUGCAGCAUGGUUAACCUGACGGCUCCCUACAUGUCGGGCUUCCUGGCCUUCCGAGAGGUGCCCUUCCUGGUGGAUGCGGUGCAGCGGCUGCAGGAGAAGGAGCCCCACAUGGUGCCCCAGGUCCUCUUUGUGGAUGGAAAUGGGGUUCUCCACCACCGAGGCUUUGGGGUGGCCUGCCACCUUGGCAUCCUCACGGACUUGCCCUGCAUUGGGGUGGCCAAGAAACUCCUGCAGGUGGACGGGCUGGAGAACAACGCCCAGCACAAGGAGAAGAUACGACUUCUACAGGCUGAAGGAGACACCUUUCCUCUGAUAGGAGGCUCUGGGACUGUCCUGGGCAUGGCCCUGAAGAGCCACAGCCACAGCAGCAAGCCCCUCUACGUCUCCGUGGGCCACAGGAUAAGCCUGGAGUCUGCUGUACGCCUGACCCGAAGCUGCUGCAGGUUCCGGAGCCCGGAGCCCGUGCGCCAGGCUGACAUCCGCUCUCGAGACUACAUCCGCAGGACCCUGGGAAGCCCCAGGCCCCCACCAGAGCAAGAGAGGAGCCAGAAACUACAGAAGCCAAAGGUGUGCCCCAAGGAAGGUUCGGAAGAGCCCGCAGGCUCUGCGGGGUCCCCGGCAAUUCCGUAAGAGUUUCAGGACCAGCUCGUCCAUUUCGGCUGAGAGGCAGCUGGACUUGAUGGGCGCGGCGCCGACCGACCCAGGUGCUUUUCCUUCACUUCGUCAGCUUCUUUCCACGUGGCCGUGUGGUUUCCAGCGCGCUAGUCUCUGGGUUUUGUUUGUUUGGUUUUGAGAGGGAGGGAGACGGUGGGGAGGAGGGGCAGAGGGGGAGAGAGAGAAUCCCAAGGAGACUCCCUGCUGAGCGCAGAACCUGAUGCGGGGCUCGACACCACGACCCUGAGAUCAUGACCUGAGCCGACAUCAAGAGUCGGAUGCCCACUGAACUGCGCCCCCAGGCGCCCCUUCGGUGCACAAGUCCUACACUUCAUUUGAUUAAAUUUGUCCCUAAGUAUUCCUUUUGAUGCCAUUACAAAUGGAAUUGUUUUAUUGAUUUCGUUUUUGGAUUGUUCGUGGCUAGUGUGUGCAGAAACACAUCUGAUUCUGUCUUGCAUCCUCCAGCUGUGCUACAAUCUGUUAGCUCGGAUUGUGUGUGUGUGCGUGUUGCACACGUGUGCACACACUCUUCAGGGUGCUCUCCGUGUAAGAUCAUGUUAUGUGCAAAUAGAGAUAGUUUUACUUCUCCCUUUCCGAUCUGAAUGUCUUUUCUGCCCUUUCCCUGCCUGAUUGUCUGGCUAGAAGUUCCAGUAGGACAUUGGAUUCCAGUGGCGAGGGCAGGCGUCCUUGUCUGGCUCCCGAUUUUAGGAAGAACCUCUCGGUCCCCCGUGAGGACGGCGUGGGCCGCGGGCUCUUCACGGACGCCCUUUUCAGGUUGAAGGAGCUUCCUUCUGUUCCUAGUCUGUGUCUUUAUCACGAGCGGGGCUUGGGUUUGUCUGCUGCUCUGCACCUGUCGAAACGAUCGCCUUCCUUCACUCCGUCAUGUGCUGUGCUGCAUGGGUUACAUUGUCAUAUUUUGAGCCACUCUGCAUUUCUGAAAUAAAUUGCACUUGGUCACGAUGUAUAA